UUGUUUAGGUAUGUUUAACUAUUUGCUAUAGUGUGUAACUAGCUGCUAGCGAUUGACAUAAUCCUUUUAUACAUAAAAGAACGUUUUACAUAUGUGGCACGUUAUACACAUAUAUCAACGGCAUUACAGUUUACUAAAAAAUAAAAAUUAAAAACAUGAUGAUCUUUUGCACGGGAACUUUUUUACACAAAAAACAAUUUUUAUAAAAUCUUUUUGAUCAUAUUAUGUUUGCAUAAAAAGUUCGUUUUUGUUUUUGUUUACUCAAUAGUCUUGAACAAUUGUUGUUGUUUUGUCAUAAACUUGAGAAAUUAUUUCAGAACUUAAAGCUGGACGUAAGAAAAAAGAGCCUAAAGACUUCCGUUUAAUCAAAAGAUAUGAUGUGCUGGUUGUACAAGGAAAAACGAAACUUAUAUUCCCUGUAAAAGACGACAAUGUUGUUUUGUAUUAUGUGCCAACCAGUGAGCUAUUUGAUAUACUGCAAGCCACACAUGUAUCAAUAGGACAUGGUGGGCGUGAUCGAAUGAUCAAAGAACUUGGUAAUAAAUAUAAAAAUAUAACACGUAAUGAUAUAGAGACAUUUUUGCAUUUUUGUGAACCAUGUCAACAAAAACAAAAAGGUUCAAAAAAAGGAGUGGUAGUUAAACCAAUAAUAUCUUCAGACUUUAAUUCCCGAUGCCAAGUUGAUUUAAUAGACUUCCAGUCUCAUCCUGAUGGAAAAUUUAAAUUUAUUAUGGUGUACCAGGAUCACCUCACUAAAUUUGUUGUUCUUAAGCCCCUCGAAUUUAAACGCGCUGAAGAGGUAGCCUAUAAUAUUAUAGAUAUUUUUACGUUGCUUGGAGCUACAACUAUCAAAUUAAAUAACGAAAACGCCAAUGUCAUGCGAACUAGAGCUAAGGAAAAUCUUGAAAAUCAAGCAAAAAAAAUGAUGGCGUGGUCGAAUAAGAAGCUAUUACCGGUGGCAAUUCAUUCAACUGUACGUGUUCCAGUUCCUGAGGUAGAUAAAGGACGUUUAGAUGCACGAAGUAUACUGGCAAUUGUUUUAGAGGUGACAAGUGAUAGUUUUUAUCGAUUAGGAACACGGGAUGGAGUUCUGAAGCAAUUAUAUGCUAGAAGUCAGUUUACAGCUUGUCAGAAAAAGCUACUACAAAUUGACGAAGUUCCAAUAGACACAGAAGUGGCAUUACGAACAGUCGCAAAGGAACAGUCUACAGGAACUGGCCAAGGAUUUUUAAAAUGUGUUUGUAAGACCAAGUGCCAAAAUAAAAAAGUGCAUUUGUCUUAAAAAUAAUGUUUUGUGCACUUCAAAAUGUCAUUUUUCUACAUCAUGUUGUAAUAAGUAGCUAUUAGUUUAAGUAAAAUGUAUAAAUAAUAUUACUUAAUAAAAUAAUAUAAUACAAUAAUAAUAAUAACAAUGUAUAAAAAUAUAAUAAUAGAUAAAAAUUAAAAUAAUGUUUUAACAGAA